GUCACAAACUUGGGGUUGAAGAGCGAACGUCACCCGCUCGUAGCUGCUUGUGCAGCCUCGGGGUCCCCUUCCCUGCCAUCUCACCCCACCCCACCCCCGUCUUUGCUUUCAUUCCGCGCCAGUGCAAAGCGCCGCCGCCCAAGCCGACGUGGCGGAGCGCACAGGUCGCGGUCAGGUGGUCGGUGACGCCCGGGACCGGCACCCGGGAGGGCGGCGCCGACGCCCGGGGUGGGGACUGCGCGGGCGGCCGCGGGCGGAGCGCGGAGAGGCGCGGAGGAGCGCGGCAGGCCGAGCGCCGGGAGCGAGGUGGCUCAGACAUGGACCGCGGCGAGCAAGGAAGAUAGAGCAACACCAAUCUGUGAACCGGAAAUCACUGCUUGCGCUUGAUUCCCAGUCUGCUGCCACAUCGAUCCAUUUUGGGCUUUAUCCAAGAGCCUAAGAAGUGAUGUCAUUGAAGCCGUUCUGUGGUCCUUGAAGGGCUUGAGCUGACAGAGACCAAGUCUGCUGAAGACAGAGCCAGUGGCCGAGGAAGGAGAGGAUGCCGUUACCAUGCUCAGUGCUCCAGAGACACUGACGGAAGAGGAGCAAGAGGAGCUGAGGCGGGAGCUUACUAAGGUAGAAGAAGAAAUCCAGACUCUGUCCCAAGUAUUGGCCGCAAAAGAGAAGCAUCUCGCCGAGCUCAAGCGGAAGCUUGGCAUCUCCUCGCUUCAGGAGUUCAAGCAGAACAUUGCCAAAGGGUGGCAAGACGUGACGGCAACCAAUGCAUACAAGAAGACAUCUGAAACUCUAUCGCAAGCUGGGCAGAAGGCCUCCGCUGCAUUUUCAUCGGUUGGCUCAGUCAUCACCAAAAAGCUGGAAGACGUGAAAUUGCAAGCUUUCUCACAUUCGUUUAGUAUCCGCUCCAUUCAGCACUCGAUUAGCAUGCCUGCUAUGAGAAACUCCCCAACUUUCAAGUCAUUUGAAGAAAAAGUUGAAAAUUUAAAGUCUAAAGUAGGAGGAGCCAAGCCUGCUGGCGGCGAUUUUGGAGAAGUCCUGAAUUCCACAGCCAAUGCUACCAGUACCAUGACCACAGAGCCUCCUCCAGAACAGAUGACAGAGAGCCCCUGAGCUGCCGACCUGUGUCCUGCUGCCCACUGCCAGGUGCUGCCAGCGAGAGCCAAGCACAUCUUGACAACGCUCAUGGCUGCGGAUUUCCACCAGAUGUGCUUUUAUUUAGCUUUACUUAUUUCUCUGACCAAAUAGUUGAUGAAUGAAACAAAGUGAAAUCACCUUCACCUCCACUCCAGGGAAACACUGUUCGCAUGCACGGAAGGCCCUUUGUAUAGGCAACAGCAUCAUAGAGCCUCUGGUAGAUCCCUGCAGGCAACUACUGUGUUUCUCCUUAAAAUCACUGUNCAUCUGGAUUCUAGUUUGAUCUUUCUUUACUAUCUUCAUGAGUCAUUGUUUUUGGGUCUCUGUACACUUAAUCAAUUUCUAACAAACUGUUCUUUUCUAAAUUCUGGUUAUUAAAAGUCUUGGAAUGAUUUCAUUACUUUCAAAGGAGAAACNACCAGGUACAUUUUUUUCUCGGAUAAACAGUUCUAUGAGGACCAUAUCUUGGGUUUCUAAAGACACCAGACUGAAGUAGACAGGUGUGUAUGCAGUUCCAUAAUUCUGUAAAUUAAAAACAUGCAGACACUCAAACUUCCAGUGGGGAGAGUGUGGGUCCUCCUGCCUUGGUAACUGUCAUUUGUAGCUACAUCUAUUUGAGCAUAUCAGUUAUUUAUUAUACCAUUCUCACACAU